UUGGCUCCGAGGCGGGGACUUUUGGCGCAACUCUCGGCAUUAGACAAUAGACAGAAGACAGCAUACUUUGAGAAAUGAACUUUUUUAAAGUCCCGGCAAGAUCAGCUUUCGACGGCAAGAAUCCGCCAUUAAUUUCUCGCUCAAGCUAACACUACUUUUACUAACUUUAGGACUACGGUUAACGGAGUAUUUUAUUCCUCAUUCUCUCUCAAGUCUUAACGCUUUAUUUCUCACAAGCUUCAUAUUCCUUACGAUUCUCCUGUUUCUGAAUUACUUUGUAUACUAAACGCAUUCGUUUUGCAGUUAUCACUCAACCAUCGAAUUAAGGUACGUUUUGCUGUAUCAAAUUGUUUCGGAAAUGGAAAGAAGCUACUGUUUUAUUCCGUUGCAGAGUAGAACCCGUAGUUAAUUUCUUCACUGAUUGUUCCAUUUCGUUGCUCAAAAGUAUGAUGUUGUGUAAAAGACUAAAAACCCGGAGUUCAUUCGAUUCAUUCAAAUUUUCUGCUGAACUCUUUGAGGUGUUUGGUGCACUGAUUUUUCCUGAGCCAGAUCAUCUGCCUGGUUCAAAGUCAGGAGUCUGGGUUUUGUAUCUUGUCAUAGAUGGAUAUGGAUCGUGGACUUAGAAGGUUGCCCGAAUCCUCUUUAAGCAGAUUCAAACCGGUGAAGGAGGUCAAUUUUUCUACCUUUCAACAAUCAUUAGAUAUUCCAGACAUCCACAAGGAUGCCCCUUCAAUCACACACUCUCCUAACCUUGGUAAUUAUACUCCUACCGUCAGCUAUGGUCCUAUACAUAAGUACCUUAUACAGUUUCUAUUGGAGGAGGAGAGCAUUGAUGGGAACAACCCAGACAAGUCUUUUGAUCCCAUUGCUCUUAGGGCUGCUGAGAAUUUCUUCCAUGAAGCCUUGUGUCACAACCCUUCAUCACCUGUUGACAGCAAUGCAGGAAGCUCCAGGUAUGAUGUUGAGCGUCACGAUCUCUACAACUCUGACACUCUCUGUAUUGUCGAUCCCAUAGAAUGUAAAUCAUCUGUACCAAGUGAUCAUCCUGAUGUCCCUAUCGAGUCAUCAUCAAGUCAGACUAACUCUGAUAGUGCAAUUGUUUCUCAAAUGGACGUUUUCCUAAGUGCUAAUUCGGUUCCAAAGAUAUCUUAUAAUGAUGAUAUUGGAUCCAUCUUGCAAUUUAAGAAAGGUGUGCUUGAUGCUAAUCGAUCCUUUCAAGCUGAUAAACACUUGGUUAUUGAUUUGGAUAAAUACUCAGUUUCUCCACACAUUGAGGAAUUGACCAGAGAUAAUGUUUUCAAAAUACAGAAAGGCCUUUCAGCUGAUCUUUGUAGAGGAAAGAAACAUUACCAUCGAGACGAAAGUGGGUUAGAAGAAGAAUGCAAAAGCAAGCACUCUGCAAUCUAUAAGGAGGAGGUUGAGUUAUCGGAAGUGUUUGAUAAAGUUUUGCUGUGUACCGAUGAUAAUGAUGAUCCAUCCAGAGUCGGCACACAACAGAAUAAGCGAAGUGGUCGUAAGAGCCAUUUAAAGAAACGAAGAGAUGGUUGUGAAGUUGUGGAUCUGGAGUCUCUUUUGAUGGGCUGCGCACAAUCUAUUGCUGCUGCUGAGUAUAGGGAUGCAGCAGAUCAAUUACAAAAGAUAAGGCAGCACUCUUCACCUACCGGCAAUGCAAACCAGAGGAUGGCCAAUUAUUUCGCUGACGGUCUUGAGGCACGACUGGCUGGAACUGGGACAAAGCUGUAUUUGGCUUUAUCUCCUGAUAACAGCAUAAUUGUUGAGAUGCUAAAAUCCUACUUGACUUCUUGGCCAUUUAUGAGAUUAUCGAUUUUGUUUGCAAAUAGAAUGAUUUUUGAAGUAGCGUCAAAAGGUGCAUCGCUGCACAUUAUAGAUUUUGGCAUUCUUCAUGGUAUCCAGUGGCCCACACUUAUUCGGGAUCUUUCGCAAAGACCUGGUGGCCCUCCAAAACUUCGAAUAACAGGGAUUGAGCUUCCCCAACCUGGUUUUCGUCCAUCACAAAUGGUAGAGGAGACUGGUUGUCGCUUGGCAAAAUAUUGCGACCAUUUUGGUGUACCAUUUGAGUACAAUGCCAUAACAAUAACAAAUUGGGAGAGACUUAAGUUAGAUGAUUUGCAGCUUGUGAGUGGUGAGGUGAUUGCUGUGAACUGUUUGCUUCGAUUCAAACACUUGUUGGAUGAAACAGCAGUUGGUGCGGACAGCCCUAGGGAUGCUGUUCUAAACUUAAUCAGGGAAGUAAAUCCUCAUAUAUAUAUGCAAACUGUUACUAAUGGAUCUCAAAACUCUCCUUUCUUUAUAAGUCGUCUUCGAGAGGCUCUCUUCUUCUAUAGUGCUAUCUUUGAUUUGCUUGAUGCUACUUUACCACGCCAAGACAAUCAGAGACUGAAUUUGGAAAAAGAAGUUGUGGGACGCGAAAUAAUGAAUAUUGUAGCAUGUGAGGGAAAGGAAAGAUUACAAAGGCAUGAAACAUGGAAGCAGUGGCACUCUCGCAUCAUGAGGGCUGGGUUCAAGCCCAUGGUUAUAAACCCUACACUUGCGAAGAAUUUAAGACGCCGGGCAAUGGAGGGAUAUAACAAAGAUUUUCUGUUUCUGGACGAUGGCAAUUGGAUAAUGCAAGGAUGGAAAGGUCGGAUUCUGGGCGGCUCCUCUUGCUGGGUAGCUGGACGAGAGACUCACAACCUGUGAUUGUGUUAGAGCCACUGGUAGCCUGCCAUUUAAUAAUAAUAUUAGCUAUUUUGACAAAGUGUAUGUUAGAGGGAAUAAGAAGUAGCUGGAAUUGUAUUUGGGGAAACGGAAAGGGGUUCUAUAAAUAGAUAGCUAAUAAUAGAAUAAGGAGGCUGGUAUUGUUUCAUUUGGGCUGGGACUUGGGACUUGGGACUUGGAGAGUGGCUCUUUUUAAACUGCAUUUUAU